GGACCUCAGACAAGAAAGGAAAGUUAUAAAAGGCAGAAAGGACAGGAGAGAGAAAAACAAAUACACAAGGAAGAUGAAACAAAAACCCACCUACCUUCAACAGGAGCCGCAACACAGCAAAAACAGAGGGAGAAACCCGUAUGCUUUAUUAGCCGCGCCUUUUUUCAGAUGAGGCCGCCCGGUGACGUCACCAGUAAUCACAGUUCAGCAGGAAUAAAGUGGGCUGACGGAGGAGGAAGAUAAGAGGACGGACUCAGGGAGUUUGGAGAUACCAGGUUCCUUCUAGGAUUACCAAUGGGAAGAGAGCAGGGAGCCAGAGGAGGCUUCUGACGCCAGCCGCAGCAACAGCGGCUGGGAGCAGACCGCCAGCGCUGGAAGCGGCUCCGCCAGCCUGCAAGGGCUUCAGCUGCAGGGGAAAGAGUGGAGGGCGUGCAGGAAUCAUCAUCACCGCAGGUGGGAGUAUUAGGGCCCGGAGGGAGGAGGAGGAGGAGCUCUACCUGGCAAGAGAGCCCCAGUAGAAGCAGCCAGAAGGACUGUAGAGCGCUCAGGUGUUGAUCCUGAGUGUGGGAGAGCGCCAGCCACUCGUCAGGGAACGGCGAAGCACCCAGCAGUGCAAUAAUGCUUGUGUGUUGGCUGGUGAGGAGAGAUAAAUGCUGCCCAAGAAUCAAGCUGCCUCACUUAAAAACAGUAGUGAUAGGGCGCGGCCCGGAGACGGAGAUAACAGACAAAAAAUGUUCACGGCAGCAGGUACAGCUAAAAGCAGACUGUAAUAAAGGCUAUGUCUGGAUCAAACAGAUUGGUGUGAAUCCAGCCAGCAUUGAUUUAGUGAAUAUUGGCAAAGAUGAAGAAGUGAAAAUGAAGCCGGGGCAGGUUCUGCAUAUUGUGAAUAAACUUUACCCCUGUACUAUACAAUUCUUGGAAGAAGCAGGAGAUCCUGGGACAGUGUCACAGGGGAGGUUAAAAGCUGAGAAGAGGUCAUCUGAAGACUCUAGGAAUGGUAACACAGAAAAUGGAUCUGCCAAAAGUAUGAAAAUGGAGGCAUCGGAUUUGGAAGAUACUAACAAGUCGGGCAGUGUCGGCAGUUCUUUUACAUCUCCAUCAGCAAGCUCUCUAAGCCAAAAAGAAUAUUUAGGACAUUGGAGUCAAGGCCUGAAGGUAUCAAUGCAAGAUCUAAACCAGCAGGUCUACAAAGAUGAAAGGGUUGUAGCAAUUAAGGACAAGUAUCCCAAAGCUCGUUACCACUGGCUCAUCUUACCUUGGGACUCCAUCUCCAGUUUAAAAUCCGUGACAAAAGAGCAUCUUGGACUACUGGAACACAUGCAUGCCAUUGGUGAAAAGUUGGUCCACCAGUGUCCUGAGAGGGAGAACUUACAGUUCAGGCUGGGUUACCAUGCUAUUCCCAGCAUGAGUCACAUACAUCUGCAUGUAAUCAGCCAGGAUUUUGAUUCCCCUUGCCUUAAAACCAAAAAGCACUGGAAUUCUUUUACCACAGAAUACUUCUUGAACUCCCAAGAUGUCAUAGAGAUGAUAAAGACCAAAGGAAAAGUGCUGGUGAGUGGUGGGACUUCAGAACUCCUCAAGUUGCCCCUCAGAUGCCAUGUGUGUAGGCAACCUCAAUCAACCAUCCCACAGUUAAAGGAACAUCUCAAGAAGCAUUGGCCAAACUGACUUAGAUCUGGAAUUCUGUGUUCUUUUACAGUUCUUGGAAAAGUUCCAAUAAGCACAUUCAACACCUCCUUAUAAUGAGGUUUUAAAAGAAUUAAAGUAAAUUAACAUCUGUUCAUUAGAUAGGCUGUUGGGCUAGGAUUGUACCUGAAUGGAAGUCUUGAAACUGUUUUACUUGGGUAGAUCAGGAUUAUUCUGAUUCAAGAGGCAGUUUAGUGCCUACAAUAGGUUUGUGUUAGACUCUAAGGGGGAAAUAUUCAGAACCUGGUGUGGAAAAAUCUUCUUUUUGUUAAGUGAUAUUGACACCUGAUUCUUUCUUUCCUUGUUGAUGAUUUGCUGACAUUGAUAUCAACAAAAAUACCCUUGCCAUAGAUUGUAAUAUCCAUUCAAAUGAAAUGAUUAAUAAACUUCCUUUAAAACCUUC